AUGAGCUACAACGACGAGCUUGUGCUGGCGCGCGCAUUCUUGAAUUACUCUCGUGGAGUCAGCAUGACUCUAGACGGCGUGAGAAACAAAUACGAGUCGAACGGCAACGCCAUGCACGUGUCCUUCCCAGACGAUCCGCGACGAUGCCCCAUGGUGCCCUUCGUAGGCAUUCCGCAGGCCUCCGCAAGCGGGAUUGAGGUGAAGCGCCGACGCUACCAGGUGGACGCAGUGGUAUUCCGCAUGCUCAUCGAGUCGAGCGGGCGACUGUUUUCGUCUUACGUCGAAUCAUUCAUGGAGUGCCUCGUGGAGGCGGAGGGCCAUAUAGUUGCAUUGACCAGCAAGCACGAGAACACCAAAGACCUGCGAAUCGACCUAAACCGCGACUCGGACGCGUGUACCGCGUGCAGCGGCUGGCUGGAGUUCCUGCUGGGCGGAUUCUGGGGUUUCCGCCCCAAGGUGCCGCACAAGACCACUGACACCAUCGCCCUCGCCGUUGUAUACAUGCGCGGACUCGCCAGCUGGCUCUGCAUCGCCAACAUGCUGGGGUACACCGACACCCACAUCCAACAGGUGGCCAAGGAAUUCGUUGCCCAGUGCGUCUCGCUUUCGAAAGCUGUCGGAACCGUACGCCGGUAUUCCAUGCCGACGCACUUCUCCAACACGCUCGACAUAGUGACCUAUGUGAUCAAUGUCUCAUUAAAACAGAUGAGCGUCUAUGCGGACGCGAUGCUCUACUCGACGUUCGACGUAGACUUCGACACAUUCCGCCUCCUCGAGAAGAUUUACAAACCGGGGGUAAAAUCCACUGCGGAAUGA